GUGUUAUAUGCAGUGGAGCCCUUAUAUCCAACCGUCACGUACUAACAGGAGCUCAUUGCGUGAGAGAAACUAUGAGUGACGAAGUGACGGACCAGGAGCACUGCAAGGAAAUCGGAUAUACUAAUAAGGGCAAACUCCUCGCCGCAAAAGACAAGUACACGCUCACAAUUGGCGCUCGUUGCCGUGAAGCCAAGAAAUGUCCCUACACUCACACAAGAGCAAUGGCUCGGACUACAACUGCGGAAGACGUGGGUGUAUGCAACGGCGACAGCGGAGGUCCACUAUUCCAAACUCACAACCGAAAGAACACUGUUGUCGGAGUGAUGUCAAGUGGCAACACGUGUGAUAUGAGUGAGU